AAUUCGAGGGGCCUGCUCUGCUCUGGACUCUAUAAAAUCCACUCAUGUCCUCUGUUAACGGCUCUGCAUUAAAAACACAGAGAGAGAGAGAGAGAGAGAAGCAGAGCGAGAGAGACAGAGAGAGCCAUGUCUUUGCUAUCAGAUCUCAUCAACCUCAACCUUUCGGACACUACGGAGAAGGUGAUUGCUGAGUACAUAUGGAUUGGUGGUUCUGGCAUGGACCUCAGAAGCAAAGCAAGGACUCUUUCUGGACCUGUGAGUGACCCCAAAAAGCUUCCAAAGUGGAAUUAUGACGGAUCUAGCACAGGACAAGCUCCUGGUGAAGAUAGUGAAGUCAUUAUCUACCCUCAAGCAAUUUUUAAGGACCCAUUCAGGAGGGGAAACAAUAUAUUGGUCAUGUGUGAUACUUACACACCUGGUGGUGAGCCAAUUCCAACAAACAAGAGGUUCAACGCUGCAAAGAUUUUCAGCCACCCUGAUGUUGUAGCUGAAGAACCUUGGUAUGGUAUUGAGCAAGAGUACACCUUGCUCCAAAAACAAGUUAAGUGGCCGCUUGGCUGGCCGCUUGGAGGUUUUCCAGGACCUCAGGGACCAUACUAUUGUGGUAUUGGUGUUGACAAAGCUUAUGGACGCGAUAUUGUGGAUUCGCAUUACAAGGCUUGCCUCUAUGCUGGUGUAAACAUAAGUGGAAUAAAUGGUGAAGUGAUGCCUGGCCAGUGGGAGUUUCAAGUUGGACCUUCUGUUGGUAUCUCAGCCGGAGAUGAAUUGUGGGUGGCUCGUUACAUCCUUGAGAGGAUCACGGAGAUUGCUGGGGUCGUGGUUUCCUUUGAUCCCAAACCUAUCGAGGGUGAUUGGAAUGGCGCUGGAGCUCAUACCAAUUACAGCACCAAGUCUACGAGGAGUGAUGGGGGUUUUGAGGUCAUCAAAAAGGCCAUUGAGAAGCUUGGCCUAAGGCACAAAGAACAUAUUGCUGCUUAUGGUGAAGGCAACGAGCGUCGUCUCACUGGACGACAUGAGACCGCCGACAUCAACACCUUCUUAUGGGGAGUUGCAAACCGUGGUGCAUCGAUCAGGGUCGGGAGGGACACAGAGAAAGCCGGAAAAGGGUAUUUUGAGGACAGGAGGCCUGCUUCGAAUAUGGAUCCAUAUGUGGUUACUUCCAUGAUUGCAGAGACCACUCUGCUGUGGAAGCCAUGAGUACGAGCGUUGUUCACUUAUGCUAUGUUUGGAUGGGGAUUUAAGGAUGGAUUUGGAAAAGAAAAUAGGAAAGGUAUGUGAAAUGUGAAAAAAAUAUAUUUAUAUUUCACGUAGUUUCACACAUUUUUUUCCUUUCCUUUUCCAAAUCUCUUUCAAAAUCUCCCAACCAAAUACAGCGUUAGCGACGGCUACAUUUGAAUUUAAUAUUGUGCUCUGCUCUGUCUGUUUCAUUGUUUAGUGAUUUCAAAGAGGAAAAGAAAUUGUAUUUCAUAAUCCCAACCCAACCUUUGUGUCUAUUUUUCCAAAUUGAAGUAAGUGGAGAGUAUGUCUUGUUAUUUUCUUGGUACUAGGCUCUGUUUGUGUCUCGAGUAGCAAACAUGAUUUCCAGUCUCUGUCUUUGAAUAAAAACAGUAACAUUUUACAUUAAUAACAAUAUGAAGGAGGGGUUGAAUUUA